AUGCCUGACUUGCACUCAUUACCAGAGAACUCACGUCCAGAGGCCGCGUUCCGCAACAAUGGCCCGGCAGAUCUUGUCAUGGAGCGUUACAAGCUGCGUGAGUUGGCAGAAGGUUGGCCUUGCUACAGAGAUUCUUGCGAAUGGGAGAAUCUCAAGUCAAUAUUCCACCCCAAUGCCUACAUCUACACAUCCUGGACGGGACGCACACACUACGAAGACUUCAUCAAAGCCAGCCAAGGAGGCAUGGACAAAGGCGUCUUCAUCAUGCACAGAAUCCACGGCACAACAACAGACAUCAACAAAGAGGCCACCCGCGCUGUAACCAAAAUGAAGGCCACCAUCACCCAACGCUUUGAGUUUGAAGAUGGCAUCGAAGCUGAUGCAGAGUCCGAUUGUCGUUUCGUCUUUUUCUGGUCAAAGGACGAAAAGACGGGCAAUUGGGGAGCUAACUAUGUUCGCCAUUUCUACGAGAAGGACAAGUUGAUUCCUGUGGAUCCAAACAAAGUGCCGAAGAUUGACGCUGAGGCGGCCAAGGAGUAUCCGAUUGGUUACAGAUAUCUUGCAUACUGUCAAGAGAGGACUAUGGGGGUCAAGGUGAUUAGGGAUUUGCCUGGUCAUCGCAGAGAGUCUGGAACGACUGUCAAUGGUGAGAAGCACGAUGUACUGUACAAGCAGAUCAAGGCCUGGAUGGAUGGAGAGAAUGUUCAGGUCUAG